AUGGGUUACGAAGAUGCUGUAUAUCUGGCCAAGCUCGCCGAGCAGGCUGAGCGCUACGAAGAAAUGGUGGAAAAUAUGAAGAUUGUGGCUUCCGCAGAUAAAGAGCUAACCGUGGAGGAGCGUAAUCUACUUUCCGUUGCUUAUAAGAACGUGAUUGGCGCCCGACGUGCCUCCUGGAGAAUCGUCACCUCGAUUGAGCAGAAGGAGGAGUCGAAAGGCAACGAGUCGCAGGUUGCUCUUAUUAAAGAGUACCGUCAAAAGAUUGAGACUGAGUUGGCCAAAAUCUGCGAGGACAUUUUGGAUGUGCUGGAUAAACAUCUUAUCGCCUCUGCGGAAACUGGAGAAUCCAAGGUCUUCUACCACAAGAUGAAGGGAGACUACCACCGCUAUCUCGCAGAGUUCGCACUUGGAGACAAGCGCAAGUCUUCUGCUGACAAGUCUCUUGAGGCUUACAAAAAUGCGACUGAGGUUGCUCAGACCGAUCUUGCCCCAACCCAUCCCAUCCGUCUGGGUCUUGCUCUAAACUUCUCCGUCUUUUACUACGAAAUCCUGAACUCCCCAGAUCAGGCUUGCCACCUUGCCAAACAAGCUUUUGAUGAUGCUAUUGCCGAACUUGACACACUGAGUGAGGAGAGCUACAAAGACUCGACCCUUAUUAUGCAACUUCUGAGAGAUAACCUGACUCUUUGGACAUCAUCCGAGGCGGAACCCGCUCCCGACGCUGGCUCCGCCGCGGCUCCCAGCGCGCAAAAGGAGGAUACUAUACCCCCUCCUGCUGCCGAGGAUGCGCCUAAGGCAGCUGAGUAG